GGCAGCAUUAAUCGAUCGACGAUCCGCGGCGCUCUGCUAACUUACUGCCGCCACUCGACAGCCUCAUUCAGCUUCUGCCCCUGUCUACUGGAAGGAUGGCAACAGCAGCGAAACUCAACACCGGUGCCCAAAUGCCCAUUGUGGGACUUGGAACAUGGAAGUCUCCACCUGGUAAGGUUACAGAGGCAGUGAAAGCAGCCAUUUCAGCAGGUUACAGGCACAUCGACGGGGCGUUCGUCUACCAGAACGAGGCAGAAGUGGGUGAGGGUGUGCGGGCUAUGAUCAAGGAUGGCGUGGUCAAGAGAGAGGAUCUUUUCAUUGUUAGCAAGCUUUGGUGCACUUUCCACCCAAAGUCCCUGGUGAGGCAAGCAUGUGAGAAGACUCUCAGUGAUCUUAAACUGGACUACCUAGACCUCUAUCUGGUGCACUGGCCCAUGGGUUUCCAACCCGGCACUGAGCUUUUUCCUUUGGACGGUAACGGAGAGACAAUCAGUGACAGCAGUCACUUUGUGGAGACCUGGGAGGGAAUGGAAGAGCUGGUGGACGCCGGCUUGGUCAAAGCGAUUGGUAUCUCCAACUUCAACAAGGAGCAGAUUGAAGCCAUUCUCAACAAGCCAGGACUCAAACACAAACCUGCCAACAACCAGGUGGAGUGCCAUCCUUACCUGACCCAGGAGAAGCUGCUCAACUACUGCCACUCUCAGGGCAUCUCGGUGACGGCUUACAGCCCCCUGGGUUCCCCUGACAGACCCUGGGCUAAACCAGAGGACCCCUCGCUUCUGGAGGAUCCCAACAUUAAGGCCAUCGCGGACAAGCACAAGAAGACACCUGCUCAGGUCCUAAUCCGCUACCAGAUCCAGAGAAACGUGAUCGUGAUCCCCAAGUCCAUCACGCCGCAGCGCAUUCAGGAGAAUUUCCAAGUGUUUGACUUUGAACUCAAUGAGGAGGAAAUGAAGACUAUAUCUGGAUUCAACAGGGACUGGAGAGUCUGUCCAAUGCAAUGGAGCACAAAGCACAAGGACUAUCCCUUCAACGCUGAGUUCUGAGAAGGAAAACUGCUGAUUUCCCACAGGGUUACAGUGGGUGCUGGAGUUUGCUUCUGCUCGCUUUCCUAUUCAUCUCAGUUUAGCGCAGCUUUGCAUCAGAAUAUUAUUUUGCUGUUACAUUUCUCGAGAAAGUCAGCAACUUGUUUUGUUACCUGUAAAGUUUUACACACACUCCAAAGACUUAGACAUUCCUGAUUUUCAAUUUUCCCAAAACAAUACUCCAGUUUAACAUGUUGGUUUUGUUCCAAUUGCAUAUUAGCAUUGUUUUUCUAUUCCGUUACUGAAGAACCUAAAUCUUUACUAUAUGUAUCAAAUGUCGAAUCAUAUUUUUAUAGCACAAAAUAUUAUACAUCCAGAGCUGCAUUCCUUGUUAAACUAACCCUGUUAUUCCUCACAGUGUCUGUUAGAGCAGACCAGGUCUGUUUUUGUGACUUGGCCAGAGGCGUUAGUGCCUUAAGAUAUAAACAUGAUGGCAAACUUUAAAGCACUUGUAUCUGUGAAAUGCAGAGCCUGUUACUUCAGCUUGUCUUAAGAUGAGUCAUAUAUGGUACUUUAUAGUCAUGUGCACUUACUCUGUCAGAAAAUUGCUACUUUCACUUCCUGUAUCAGUUGUUUUUGUUAAGCGCUACAAUAAAGUCUUGUGGGAGAAUGAG